GGGCCCCGCUGGGCCGAGGCAGCUCCGGUGUCCCCUGCCCGCAGCUCCCGCUGCUGCCGCCGUCCCGCUCCGUGUCCCGGGACGGGGCAGCGAUCCCUGUGCCGGGACACCCAUCCCCGUGCCGAGACAGUGAUCACUACACCGGGACACCAAUCCCCGUGCCGGGACACCGAUCCCCGUGCCGGGAUACCGAUGCCGCGCGGCCCGCUCGGGGCCGUCCCCGUUCCCCGCUCGGCGCUGUUCCCGUUCCAGCUCGGGGCUGUUCCCGUUCCCCGCUCGGGGCUGUUCCCGGUCCCCGCUCACCUCCGAGCCCGGCCCCGCCGCUCCCGGCUCCGCCACGGCCGCUCCCGGCUCCGCGCCUGCGCUCCGGGGCUGCGGCGUUUCCUUCCGGGAGCAGCCCCGGCCUUGGCCCCGGAUAGAGAAACAUGUUUCUAUUUUCAAACCCUCUACAUCCAUAAUCAGAAUUCCUUACAGUCUAUAUCCUGUCUAUAACACAGCACACACAGGAUUUUAUUUCGGAAUCAGUUUUUAAAUGCAUUAAAAUUUCUCAGAAUAUACAAAAAUGGGACUAUUUGCAGUUUUCAGAAUUUUACACACAAACCCCCCACGAUUUUCAGGCGUUUUGGGGCUGUAACCUCCCUUUUUUUGGAGGGAUCUCCCUCGGGCCGCCUCAUCCCUCACUCACCGGGUUCUCCACCACAAUGGGCUGUGCCAAGUGACACCGUCACCUUCCAGAGUCCCCCACCCCUUUUCCCCCCCCACCCACAGAAGGCACAGGAAUGUCCCUGGGGAUGGUGUCUCAUCCUGGAUUGUCCCACGGGACACUGCAAAGUGCUUGAGGAGGGCAAGCCCCGCUCAGCAACCACCAAACCUCCCGUGUGUUAUCCACACCACUACCAUUCUGAAUCCAAAUCCAGUAAACAAAAAGUUCCCUAUCCCAGUUAAAUCCACACAGCAGCCAGCACACCCUGUCCCUGCUCAUUGCACAGCUGGGCACCUCCAGAGGGAUUCUGUGAGGGACAGGGCCAAAACUCCUUCUACAGUCCUAAAAAUGAACAGGCUCUGCCUUCCCAUCACCUCUGAGCCAGGAGACCUUACGGCAGCAGGAUAAGAAACCAGUUAGACGGGAAUUUCUCUCCGUUAUCUUGAGCUGCCCAUGCCUGACACCGGCACUGUCCUUGAACUGCUUUCCCAGCAGGGUCCAGUAUGACCUUCUCCACCAGUUUUCUUGGUACUGAAGUUAGAUUAUCAGCGCUGGAGUUUCCUGGAAAUGUCCAAGUGGGAUACAGCUGGAGAAUUCCCAGCCAGCAAAGGAGCUCCUCAGGCUUCCAGGACCGUGGGUGGACGAUUGAGGUGGCUCCUUCUGGGACAUACAGGAUGAAUUCCAUACAACAUCACAGACUCAUGGAUACUGAAGUGGUCCAAGUGGUCCCCAGUGAUCCCAAAUGGAAAAUCACCGCCCUUCCUCCCCCGCUGGACACACAGAUAAGCCAGCAGUGCUUGGCAGAGCCAGGGUGGCUGUGGGAGGGCAGGUGACGGCACAAGGACACUGGGAGCAGCUAAAAGCAGAGGGGACGCCCAGAGAGCCGAAUUCCCAGACUCUGGCACCCUGAGUGGGUCAGUUGCUCCACAAGGAUGCUUGCUGUGGCUUUGGGCAUCGGGGUCCUGCUGGCCCUGGUGGGCUGCACAGCCACCGAGGACUGUGUGGCCCCGCAGGAUAAGGUCUCCCAGCUGCUCCAGCACAUGGAGGAAUCUGUAAAUCUCGAGGAGGCGGCAAAUCCCAGUGUCCUGCUGGCCAUGAACCUGGCUGGGGGGGACAGCGAUGGUCCCAUCCACAAGUGGCUGCUCCAAGAGAUCAAGGAGGAGGCAGUGAGGAGAGCCCAGAAAGACAUGACCUCGGGACAGGUGGCUCUGCACGUCCUCGCCCUCCUCUCCUCCUGCCAGGAUCCCCAGCAAGUCCAUGCCCUGGAGCAGACCCUCAACCUGAUCCGUGUCCUGCAGCAGAAAACAGAUGAGGAGAUGGCCAAACUGGAGGCCGAGGGGAUUCCCAAAACUACCCUGUACAGCGUGGGCCUGGACACCCUGGCCCUGUGCCUGGCUGAGGCGGGCGGCGCUCAAGGGCCAUCGGUGGCCCUGGCCAAGCAGCUGCUGAACCCCGAGAGCCACAUCUCUGUGGACACCCAGGCCAUGGUGGCACUGGCGCUGGCCUGUGUAUACAACUACGUGGAGCUCCAGGACGUGCAGGAUCUGCUCCGGGAGGCACUUUGGACAGUGAGCAACAGCUUCCUGGAUGAGCAGGAGAAGAGGAAUGGCAUGAUCGGGAAUAUCUACAGCAUGGGACUGGCCCUGCAGGCGCUGGAGGCCACGAGGAAGUUCUACGCCCCACGGGAGUGGGACUGUGCCCAGGCCUUCUCCGUGGUGUACGCCCACGACUACCAGCAGCCCAUGGCAAUCGCCCAGCUGCUGCCAGCCCUGGUGGGCAGGUCCUACCUGGAUGUGGCUGGCCUGGACUGUGCUGCCACCAAGAAUACGUCCCCAGGCCGACAGCUGCCCCUGUCCCCAGUGCUGGGCACACACGGCAUUCCCAGAGCCCUCAUCCAGGUGCAUUACUCCAUCACCAACACGCUCCAGGGAAAACACUUCCACUUCUCCACCUCAGUGGAAGUCCCAAGUGACUCCACUCUGCUCCAGGUGAUGGAGGUGGCAGCAGAGGAGGACCCCAAAACCUUUAGCUUCCAGACGGAGCAGACAUCCUGGGGUCCCUUUGUGACCUCCAUCCACGGGCUGGCUGGCAGCACGGAGGACAGGACCUACUGGCAGUUCCUCAGUGCUGGCAAUGCCCUCGAUGAAGGGGUUGGCACCUACAAACCACAAGAUGGGGAGCACAUCCAGGCUGUCUUCAGCACCUACUGACACCACCAAGACCCCCUGGACCCCUCCACGGAGCAAUAAAGUGCCAUUCCAGCAUGUUCCUCCGUGUGCUUGUGUCUCUGGGAGAAAACACAGCUCACAUCCUUUUUGUCUCCCUUCCU